AAUGGCUCACCAAAAUAAUAAAGUUUUUAAAUUCAAAUCAAAGAAAACUAAGAUUAAUAAAGCUGCUUGCAUAAAUCUAUUUGAAGAUGACAAAAUUGAAAGAGAUAUUCAACAGUCAGCUCUACAAAAUCAACAGCAAACAGAAGUAAUUCAAGUUUUAACAGAUGAUUGUAAUGGAAAAAACGAAGGUGUAGUUGAAGGAAGGAAAGAAGCAACAAUGACACAAUACUUUGUUAAAAAAAGAAAGAAUGAAGUUGUGGAUAUUCUUCAAGUACCAAAAGCAAGUUGUAGCAAAGAUAGUGAUGAAGAAUCUGAUAUAGAAGUAUGUUUAGAAGUUUGCCAACCAAAAAAGAAGAAAACUAUUAAAAUUGUACAAAUAUCUUCAUCACAAUCAUCAGAAUCAUCAACUGAAGAGUUAAUGAGGAAAGUAGCAACUAGUGUUCAGUAUCAAACUCAUUCCAAAUUGUUCCUUGCUGAGGAUUUAAAGAGAAAAUUGCUCCAUCAACAGAAAUGUGAUGAUAUCAGUGUUGAAAGUGGUUUAACUGUUUUUGUAAGAAGAAAGAGUGAUUCAUUUAUUAAUUUCAUGGAAAGUUUUUGUAAUAAGAAAUCUUAUAGUGGGAUUGAUAUUCCACAAUUAAUAAGACAAGUUCCUCCUAAAAAAGAUAUUAAAAGUCAAUAUUUAAUUGUUACAGAUACAAGCUUUGAUUAUGAUAAGAAAGUGUUAGCUCUUAAUAUACUCAAGUAUGGUCUAGAUGGUGAAUUGUAUGUAAUCCAUAUUGAAGAUUUAAUGGCAUCCGAUUUGCCAGUAAUCUUUAAUGAUUGGAAAAUUGAAUGUCAACAGAUUGUUAUCCAUUUACCAGAACAUCCAAUUACAAUAAACAAUUACCUUGAUGAAUUUUAUCAAAAGUUGAAACUUGUAUCUGGCCUCAACAAAAUGUUUAUAUGUAUAACUAUUAAAAUCAAUAAUGAACAAAAGCACUGUAAUUAUCCAUAUAAUAAUUGUGAUCAACUUGUUGAGGUUGAUAUGAAGAAUAACUUGAAAAAUAGCUAUGUUGAAACAUACCAAUUUCAACAUCAGCAGACCAUAAUGAAGAAUCCAUACAUAUCUAUAAUUGAGUUUUUGGCAAAUUAUAAUAAGGAAUAUCUUUUAAAUGUACCAGAUUUAAAGAAACUUGUUGAUAAACACAAUAUUAAAAAAGCCAUGAGCAAGAAAGAUAAAAUGUUAGAAUCAUAA